ACUGAGCUAAAACUGCAAUUACAUAUACAUAUACAAAUAUAGCUUUGCUUACUCUACUACUUUCUUACCUUUUCAUGGCAGUAAGACAAAACGUGUUCUGUUUUUUACCCAUUGUAGCCACAUUUUCUAUCUUAUUCAACUCCUGUUAUUGCUUCUACCCUAAGCUCCUUAACAUUAAUGCUUCAUUGGCUGUAUCUGAUGAUCAGUCCAGUUGGUCCCCUGCCGAAGCAACGUGGUAUGGCGGUUCCAAAGGAGCUGGAACAGAUGGUGGAGCUUGUGGAUAUGGUGACAGUGUUGAGCGACCCCCAUUUUCGUCAAUGGUAUCUGCCGGAGGACCUUCUAUAUUCAAAUCUGGCAUAGGAUGUGGAGCCUGUUAUGAGGUAAAAUGCUCGACGAAUUCGGCCUGCUCAGGGAAUCCAGUGACGGUCGUAAUCACAGAUGAAUGCCCCGGCUGUGUUUCGGAGUCGGUUCAUUUCGAUUUAAGCGGUACUUCUAUUGGUGCCAUGGCAAAAUCCGACCUGGCUGACCUACUCCGUAACGCUGGUAUCUUGCAGGUUCAAUAUAAAAAGGUUGAUUGUAAAUACCCUGGAACCACCAUUGCAUUUCACGUUGACCCUGGUGCUGACCCCAACUAUUUUGCAACCCUAAUUGAAUACACAAAUGGAGAUGGUGACCUUGCCUCCGUUGACCUUAAACAAGCUCUCGACACUGACGGUUGGCAACCGAUGCAACAGUCGUGGGGUGCGGUAUGGAAACUCGACAGCGCCGGCUCGACUUUGCUGCCACCCUUCUCACUGAGGCUAACAUCACUCGACUCUCGCAAGACCAUUGUGGCAACGGCUGUUAUUCCUGCUGGUUGGGAGCCUGGCAAAACCUAUAGAUCGGUUGUUAAUUUUAAUCCCUAAAUACAACCAUAUAAUUAAUAUGCAUGUAUAAAAUAUAAAUUAAAUGUAUAUGGGAGAAUCUUAAUGAAUAAAAGAAUGG